AUGGUUCGGCUCUCGCGACAAUGGCACAUCUAUUCAAAUGAUAUCAGCAGUUUUCGUCAGUGCUCUAUGCAUCUAGCAGAUAUUUAUGACUUCCUGGUUACUACGCGCCAAUCUUCGGAAACCAGCUCGCGCCAGGACACUGACCCUCGGAUACGGGCAGUGCUCAACGCCAGUCUUCUAUUUGCCUGGUCCAGCUUUGCUUCCGAUAAAGCUGACUCUGUCAAUCUACCACAUGCCAUCUAUGAGCUACAAGCUCUUCUUCAACAGACAGAUAUCGAUGAAUUCUGGGGCCCACUCCCAGGAGCUCUCAUUUGGUGCCUGGCCAUAGGGGCCAGGUUAUCCAAGCCUGGUCCAAUGCGGAAGUGGUUCAUUAUGCAGACAACUCGAGUCACAUGUGCUUUGGCGAUGGAACAGUGUGAUACGGUGCUAUGGUGUCUUGAGGAGAUUCAGGCAGGCCUAGAUGCAGAGGAGAGAUCAAAUUCUGAUAUCGUUCUGUAA